CCCCAUACUAUUAAACACUAGUGGGAAACUUAAUCUAGACAUCGGCGCUCUGAUCACGAGACACUAUCCCCAAAGUAGCGUAGGAAGGUAUCAACUACAUGAGACCACUCAACCCUUCAAGGACGUCAUACAAACGUAUUCAUUACCUCCAGCUCCAAUAAACAAAAAGUACGUAAAGCAUGUAAGUCCACCAACAGGUCCCUUUAUUUCAUUUCAAUCCCCGCGGAGAUCACCAAAUGCCGGGCACAAAGCGUGAGCAGUCCCCGGUUGCUACACCCCAUCCAGCAAAGGCUCGGUGGAACGGCGAAGAGGUCUCAGAUGUAGUGCAUCAUCCAUCUCAAAUCCUAGUGGCUUAAAUCGCGGCACAUAUAUCAAUUUCGUUGGUCAGCAUCCCGCUUCCCAGGUUCCCCAGACGGAGGGUGAUGUAAUAUCACCAUGGUGCGGGGUCAAAGACUCGCAGUACGUAUAAACGCCACCCAUCCAUUCACCUCUGGCCCUCCCCUCUUGUCAAGAGCCCAGAAUCUCUCGAGCUAUAAAUCUUCCCUCAUAUACAAUCAUACGAUCAUAUUUCCAAUCCAAGACAAGAAAAACCAUCCAUAAGAAUAUUGCAAUCAUGCCUUCUCCCCUCGACGACGCAACAUUCUCCCACACCCUCCCCGGUGUCCCCCGCCGCGAAUCCGACGCCAGCGACAGCGGACGCCGUCGCUCCUCCGCCAGCAGCUCUGGUCGUUUCUCCUCUCUAAACUACCAGAAGCGUCAGGGAUCCGGGGACCCAGAGGCCAUUGCUAGGAGGGAAUCGUAUAACGACCAGCGCCGCGAGAGUGGCUGGUUCGGAGGGCUAUGGAAUAAUUGGAUGCGUGGCCCGAGCCAGACUGUUGCGGAGCGUCGCCAGUCGGAGAGUGCGCAGCCUGCUGCUGGGGAGACGAAGGCUGCGGGUGUGACGGAGCAGGCGGGGGAGCAGGCCAGGAAGCAGUCGUGGGGGUCGAAGCAUAUUCAUGGGACUGGGGCUGGGGCGGCGGCGUGGCGUGCGCAGUAUCCGAGGAGAGGGAGUGGGAGUGGGAGUGGGACUCAGUCUUGAGUAGGUUUGAGUAUGUUGACUGGUUGAGUGAGGUUUAGCUGAAGGGGGAUUCUGUGGGGUAGUGAAGGGAUGUCGGAGACGCUGAUGGGUUGGAGAUUUGUUUUAAAAUCGUCCUGUUAGUCUAGGUUAAUACAAGUGCUUUAUAUAAA